AUGACAAGCCCACAGGAAGCAGUUUACAACAAGAUUCAUACUCUUCAUAAGGCAAUAGAGGAAAAGGUAAAACUCUCAUGUAACAUUGCAUCACACGGCCUAGAAGAAAUUGUAAAGGAAUUGGACAACAUUAUACAAAUAGAAACAACCAUUAAGAAGAAGAUGUUAAAGGAUAAA